CAUAACUUGAACGUUCAACAGAGUUUCAAGAUAUAACCAACCAACUACGCAACAAAGAGAAGAACAAUGGCAAAACACACUGGCUUGAUAGGUUGCUCCAUGUUCAUACUGUCUUUAUUAUUUGCAGCAACAGAGGCAACAGAGUACAAUGUUGGUGGCAGCUUUGGAUGGAAUACCCCUCCGAAUCAGACCUUCUAUUCAGACUGGGCUAGCUCCAAGACCUUCUUCGUUGGCGACUCACUGGUGUUCAACUUGACUGAAAACCAGAAUUUUGCCGAUGUAACAAUGGCCGAUUACAACAGCUGCAGCACCAACACGGACCCAUUCGCGGGCAACGGUCCGAGCAGGAUAGUGUUUACAGUUGAUCUCUUGCAUCCAGGGCCUCGCUACUUCAUUAGCACCGUCGAUAAUCACUGUGCAAGAGGCCAGAAGUUCAGCAUCAACGUUGAGAAGCCAUUCUCUUUUGGUCCCUCUCCUUCAGCGACACCACCUUCCAUUAAUUCUGCCUUGUCUGCAUUCCUCUCCACCAUUGCUGUCUAUUUCUUCACCCGCAUCUAGGUUUAUGGUGAUUCAUAUAAUUAGACACCAGAAGUGGUCUUUGUAUUCGUUGAAUUAAGAGAAAAUAACAACAACUAACCAAAAUUUAUUUUAGUCAAGAAUCACUUAUUGUUAAAACUCAAAUGAUACUUAUUCAUUUAAGUUAAUCUUUUAUCAACAAGUAUACAUUCGAGUUUUAAUAACUCAUUUUAAAUUGAUAACAAUCCAUUCAAACUUUGACAACUGAUUUUAAAUUGAUAUAAAUUUUAAUUGGUGAUCUUGAUUGCUAUUUUCCUUUAAAUUAAUGUCUAAUUCUUUGAUGUGUUCAGUGUUCUUCGAAUUUCAUUAAUGGAUGUACCGCUAUAAGGAAGAUUGAGAACUCAAGUUUGAUAAAACAGUUGAUCACUUGACUGUGAUUCAUGAAACUGGAAAGAAGUUGGCUUCAGUAUCACAUACCAUGACCAUUUUCAACACCAUCUAAUCACAACCCAAAGAGAGUAGAGAUGAAUAAAAAAUAAAAAAAUGGAUUUUAUACAAAACCAUGUGUUUUACUGUCCCUUUCUCUUAAAUUCUCAAGACAGCAAACUUCCGCAGAGAAUGUAAAUUGGUCCAUUUUCAAAAUGGGGUAUCGAUCCUUCAGCGUUGCCUUUUACGCCUCUCCUGGAUCCAUUGUUAGUAGUAGUUACUCGAUUGACAAAAACGACAUUUAUUGUCCCUCUCGUAAUUAAUUGUCUUUCUCUGUUUGAUAAAGACUGAUCAAGGGUCGUCAACUGUACUGGUACAUGCAUAAUGCUCUUAACCCCACCAAGGAAGGACACCGCUCUUCGUAGAUACAGCC